AUGGAUGCGCUCCCCUCGUCAUGUCGGCUCAUUGUCGCCCUCCCCGCACGCAUAGCCUCGCGACAACACCUACCCGCACAAUUACGAGCAGCACGCGCCCCAGCACCAGCAUGGCGCUUUGCACACCAACGGCGGGGCAUAAGCGCCGUGUCGCAACGCGCGCCCGUGAUCGAUCGCUCAAAGUCGAAGCGCUUCAAAGACGCCGAUGAAGCCGUCGCAGACAUACAACCCGGCUCCACCGUCCUCAGCGCAGGCUUUGGGCUAUGCGGUGUCGCAGAUACGCUCAUUCAGGCGAUACAGAAGCGGGGUUCGCAGUCACUCCACAGUCUGACGGCGGUGUCGAAUAACGCUGGUAUCGAGGAUGUUGGAGGUCUGGCGCUUCUUACGAAAAGCGGACAGGUCAAGAAGCUUAUCAUCAGCUUCUUGGGCAACAACAAGGCGCUGGAGAAGCAGUACCUCAGUGGUGGCAUUGAGAUUGAGUUAUGUCCACAGGGUACGCUGGCUGAGAGGAUAAGAGCUGGCGGUGCAGGUAUCCCAGCUUUCUACACACCCACGGCUGUCAAUACCUUGUUGCAAGAUGGCAAGAUACCAGCCAAAUUCGAUAAAGAGGGCAAUGCGAUUGGGUUCGGACAGAAGAGGGAGGUCCGCGAAUUCAAUGGCAAGGAGUUCCUCAUGGAGACUGCUUUGACUGGCGAUGUUGCGAUCAUCCGCGCACACAAGGCUGAUGAAGCUGGUAACUGCGUUUUCAGAUACACCACCAAAGCCUUCGGUCCCAUCAUGGCCAAAGCCGCACGCCUCACCAUCGUCGAAGCCGAAGAAAUCGUCCCCAUCGGCGCCCUCAACGCAAACGACAUCGACCUCCCCGGCAUCUUCGUCGACCGCAUCGUCCCCUCCACCGCCCCCAAGAACAUCGAGAUCAAGAAACUCCGCGACCCCUCAUCAUCAGCCAAAUCAUCGUCCGCAGGCAAACCCAGCGGCCGCGAACGCAUCGCCCGCCGCGCCGCCAAAGAGCUUAAACACGGCUACUACGUCAACCUCGGCGUCGGCAUACCCACCGAGGCAGCAUCCUUCGUCCCCGACGGCGUCAAGGUCUGGUUGCAAAGCGAGAACGGCAUCCUAGGCAUGGGCCCGCACCCGACUGAGGAAGAAAUCGACCCGGACAUUAUCAACGCAGGGAAGCAAACCGUCACCCUCCUCCCCGGGGCCUCCACCUUCGACUCCGCUGAGUCCUUCGGCAUGAUCCGCGGCGGCCACGUCGACGUCAGCAUCCUCGGCGCCCUGCAAGUCGCUGCCAACGGCGACUUGGCUAAUUACAUGGUCCCCGGCAAGGUGUUCAAGGGCAUGGGCGGCGCGAUGGAUCUAGUGUCGAAUCCCGAGGCGACGAAGGUCGUGGUGGCGACGGAACAUGUCGCAAAGGAUGGGAGCAGUAAGAUUGUGCAGGAAUGCGGGUUGCCGCUGACGGGGGCAAGGUGUGUAAGCACAAUUAUUACGGAUUUGUGUGUGUUUGAGGUGGAUAGGAAGAGGGGCACGUUGACGCUGACGGAGACGGCGCCGGGGGUGAGUGUGGACGAGAUAAGGGAGAAGACGGAUGCGCAGUUUGAGGUUGCGGGGGAUGUCAAGGAGAUGGAUUAGGUGUUUGCAGAAUCAGAGCGUUCAGUUAUUACAUGGGCAUGGGAUGGUUCAGAUCAAAUUCAUAUCAAUAUGAGGUUACGCCUUAGGACUCUUCCAGGAAACAUGUGUAGACGUGAAGUAGGCUUGUUGACCAACAACGUGUUGCUAGUCAUUGUAUGGAGAAUUCAGGCACAAAGUUGACGACUUUGAGUAAUCAGAAUAUGUACCGGAAGCUAGGUAACAUGAGCUAUUUAUCUC